AUGGCUUCCAUGAAUGGACAUCAAGAGGUUGUGAAGCUCCUGGCUGAUAAUGGGAUUGGCGUGACUAUUAAAGACAACAAAGGCUGCACGGCGCUAUUCAAAGCCGUCGAGAGCGGAUUUGUGUCCAUUGUAAGACUCCUAGUCAAGACAGAGGAAGUCUCGGCAGAUAUCAAGGGGGGGAUUAGACAAGAGGCGUUGUUAUUUGCGGCUGAAAAGGGCUAUACAGAGAUGAUCAAGAUACUUCUUGAGAGCAAUGUAGAUUGUGACAGCAUUGACCCUGUCGGAAGUAUGGCAAUGUCACUUGCCGCCGCCAAUAGAAACACGCCUAUAGUUGAGCUGCUGCUGAGGAAAGGGGCAAAGUCAGCCAUCGAAGAUGGCCAUAAAAGGACGGCUCUACAUCAUGCAGCAUGGGGGGCCUUUGCGAAUUUGGCAGUCAGCACUGCAUUUGGCGGCGGAACGGGGCGCGAGAAGAGAGCAAAUGCCAACGUGAAGUCUGACGACGGUCAGACAGCUUUACACCGUGCUGCUUGGGGUGGCUCUCUCGAAUUAGUGACAUUACUGCGCAAGAAUGGUGCUGAUCCGUCCCUUCGUGGUAAGAGUGGCAAUAAGCCGUGGAAGGUAGCUGCCGAGAAGGGCCAUGAAUUGAUAGUCAAGGUGCUUCUGGGUGAGGAGCACAGCCUCAAAGAAGAAUGCAUUUUGGAAGAAAAGGCAUUAAUAUCUGCGCCUCGGAUGGGCUAUUCAAUCGUAGCCGCCUCGUUAUUGGAAAGGGGUAUUGAGACAGCCGUCAGGGAUAAGGAGGGGCGGCGGCGGACGGCCCCCCGCCUAGGCGUCCAGAACGGCCAUGUGGCAGUGGUCGAGGAGCUGCUUGAAAAGGGGGCAGAUGCCAAUAUCCAAGGCGAGAAUGGACGGACUGCACUACACUUGGCGGCCCAGAAUGGCAACUUGGAAAUCGUUCAGAUACUGGUUAAAGACAAAGCAGAUCCGCAUGUUCGCGAUGUAGAAAGAAGAAAAGCUUGGCCUCUCGCCGCCGAGGCGGGCUAUAACCAGAUCGUUCGGCUGCGGCUAAAACAGGAGGUCGACCUGCAUUCCCAGGGCCAAAACAGGGAGGAAUUAUUCCUGCAGAUGGCGAAACGGGUUGUUUAUAAGGACGGUCAAGAUACAUCGGGAAAGACUACAGUCCGCUUGGCUGCUAAGAAUGCUCAAGAGGAGGUAGUCAGGCUACUAUUGUGGAAGGGUGCAGACCUGGGCAUUCCAGACUCAAGGGGCCAAACACCAUUGUUGUGGGCUGCAAGAACCGGGAGCAACAAAUAUGUCAGCUUGUUCCUUGAGAUCAUCUCUAGCGAGCCCCAGAAGGAGACUCAGAAUGGACCUUUUGAUGAUGCUGAUAGCGUGUCCUCUGGCGAGGCUGGUGAGGCGUCCCUCAAAACCUCCUCCAGCAUAGAUUGGAAAGAAUCCCCCAUCGAAGCUGCCGUGGUUGACGGUUCAGCAACAGUCCAGGCGAAGAAGCAGAUUACCAACAAGGAAGCGAUAAACCACAACGACUACAAGGGUCGGACAGCACUGCUAAUAGCCAUCGAGAGGAAUCAUGACAGUGCUGCGAAGCUGCUGCUCAACAGAGGCUCCCCGGAUAUCGACAUACGGGGCUUAAUGCGCAAGAGCGCACUGCAUCUGGCAGCAGAGAAGAACAAUACGGAGAAAGCGAACAAGCCAAUUGUCGAAAUGCUACUCAAGAUUGGAGCUGAGGUAAACAUCCAGGACUGGAUGGGUAGAGCGGCGCUUCUAUUGGCGGCCGAGAAUGGCGAUGGGCAAAUCGUUGAUCUUCUGCUGAACAAAGGUGCCCAGCAACAACUCGAAGACUCGACGGGACGAGCUCCUCUACUCAUGGACGUUGCACAUGGAGACAAGGUCGUGGUGAAGCGGCUUCUAGCAGACAUUAAUGCCAACUUGAGAGUUACAGACUCAAAGGGCCGAAAUUUGCUAAGUCUGGCUGUUCUCAGCGGAAGCAAAGGUGUGGUAUGGUUGCUACCGGAGACAAAGGUUGGUACCAACCGGUUGGCAAAAGGCUCUGGCUAA